ACUGUUUUGAUACAGCAGAGAGAGUUUAAUAACAUGGUGGUUUUGAUUAAGCAGCUGCAACAUAGAUCUUUUGUGUUGCAUAUGUCCUCUACAUUGCCAUUUUAGAGAACUCCCCAAGGCCCUUACAUCUGCACGAGCUCUCAAUCAUGUUCAUGUUCAGACAUGUUUUUGAUUUUCAGGGUUAAUUCCUUGGACAAAAACCCAGACGCAGCAAUAAUCAAUGCAUCACCCCCCUCUAGUGGACUGAGAACACCAUGAAACUUUACAGCCUCAUCUAACACACAUUUAGUAACUACAGUUGCAACUUACUUUGCUUACUUAUAAGUACAGCACUUAAAUACAACUUUGAGGUUUAUGCUACUUUAAAUUUCAGAGGCAUAUUGUACUUUUACUAUACUAUUACUGAUACAAGCAAACUGUGACUCACAAUGCAACACUCAUGCUUCUAGUGGUUAGCGCUCCAACAGAGUCCCAACAGAGCCGGCCAGCUAACCAAUCAGAGACUGGGCUCUGGUUUCAGACAGAGGGUGAAAAGGGGUGCUGGAGCACAGGCAGUAUGAGGGAAAUAAAGAGCUUUUUGAACAUUAAAGCAUGGAAACAUAUCACAGUAGAGGCAAAAAAAUACAGAUAUGAACCUGAAAAUGAACAAUAAUAGGCCCCUUUAAAUAAAAUUUCAAAUGCUAGACCUUACUUGUAAUGAAAUAUUCCACCACUGAUCAAAAGUAAAAUAUUAGAAGUGAAGUAUUGUGAGUUAAAUAUAAACCUAUGUGUUGGCUCUGUUUCUAAGCCUCCGCAUUCACAUACAGUAGUUUCCUACCAGGUCAACACCCUUCCACUGACACGCUCACUAACAGUGGCAAUUGUGCUACCGUAGCAUUUUUCAGCACUAGUCUUUGUUUUAUAAAUGAGACAAUGAGCAGCUGUAGUGCUCAGAUGGGAAUUUAGGGGGAUUCCAUGACUUUAUCGAGAGGAACGUUGGGAGGAGAAGCCUCGGGGGAGUGAAGAAGGGAGUGCAUGACAGAGGAUGAUGCCCGGAGUAUGAUCCGUCAUCUAAACCCAUUAUAAGUCAUCGGGGUCUUUUUAAACUUUGAACUUCAAGGGAGAAGCUGCUUUCAGUUCCAGAAAAUAAGCAACUCCCCUUUGCUUCCCUGUUCAUCUGAUUUCAGAUGUUAAGGUUUGGUAACAGAGUGUCAUCACGAGUUUCUGGUUUUAUAUAUAUUAAAAUAUUGCGUGCAAACCAAAGCGAAAGGAGAUAAUUGAUCAUUUGGGGAUGGAACAUGGAUUGACAUUUUUAGUUAACUUUGAUAUAAAUUGGUCUUCAGUUGCUGAUUAGAGUGUGCUAUUCCAGCAAUUGAUUUAUAUUUCCUUCAAACUCAGGGCAGAUUCACAAAAACAAUCACCUUACUGUUCUCUCUCCCCACAGCGGAUGUAACAAAAAACAAAGCUUUAUAGCAACACAGUGUGGUUUGAUGUUGUUUAAUGAGCCUUGGAGUUGCUGGUUUGUCCAUGUCUUUAAGUCUUUAUGCUAAGCUAGGCUAACUGGGACUCUGACUGGUUCAUAUGCGUGUAUAUGUGGUGUUUACCUUCUCUUUUUACUAAAAUAAAUGAGCACAUUACCCAAAAUGUUGUUCCAUUAGCUUUAAGCUUUAAAACACCUGAGGUUUAAAGCCAGUCAGGGCCUGCUGCAUGUUGACGUGUUGGACAGAGUUCAAGAGUCAUGACAGAUUGGCUAAUAAGAGGAAUAAUACCAAUAUACCAUGAUGGGAAAAAAAAGUUUAAACAUGGCGUAAAAUGACUCAGUUCUGCACACAUACCUUCUCAAUCUCUCUGUGUUAGUUUGCCAUGGGACUGUAGACAGGCAUGUCUCUCAGGGUGUCAUCUUCCCUGCCCGAGGCCAGGCAGUCUUCUGAUAUCACUCACCUUCUUUCCUGCUUCUCUCUGACAAGCCUGGGAAUUGUUGCACCUGAGGGAACACAAGAGCCUUUUAUCACUGUCUGUUCUGCUUUUUGAAAAUUGUAUUCAGUAAAGGAAACUAACCAAAUACUUAAAUUCCUCCUGUACUUCCUUACCCUGCCAACACUUUCAUUUAACCUGUUACAGGACUAAACCUGUGUGAACUUAACAACUGCAUGUGUGCCAGUGUGAAUGUGUAGCACAUGCUUUAAUGAUGGUCCUGAUUGUUGGGAGGGCCGUGCACAUCCAGGAGCCUUGAAUUUCUUCAGCUCUACUCUCACUUCCUCACACAGACAAUGGCGCAGGGUUAGAGGUGAAGGAAUGAAAGUAAAGGAACCACCAGGAAUCACUCAAGGUUAAGCUCUGCAGAUUGAAUGACUCCCCUGGGAAAAAUACUACUUAGGGCUACACAUAAGCAAAAACAAUGGUGGGUCACUUGGCACUUAUCGUAUAGCAUGCUCUCAGAUCACUUCACAAUAGCAGGAAAGAGAAGAGAAAAGCCUUUUUUCAUCUUGUUUUCAGAUGUUGAUUAUCUGCUUUCUGCACAGCAGUUAAGUGCUUUUGGUCCUAUGACACCAUGACAUUGUUUUAUCUGUUUUAGCAACACCCUUUCAAAUGGACAAAAAAUGCAAAACAAUUAUCUCAUAUCACAUCCCUGAGUGUGACCAAAGCCUCAAUGCUCACCUUAAAUGCCUCAGACAAACAACAUAGCUGCCUUUGUGGCUCCAAAUUAGAAGUCUGGUAGUCGUAAAAACGAUUUGACUGGAAGUAAUAAUUCAAUUAAGCAAAUUACAAAUUACAACAGAUGUGGGAUAAUGUCAUUAAAGUGGAACAACGAUACUUUGAACAACAGGAAGGCCAAAACAAUUUCAAAUACUGAGAAACCUCUGCCUUUUAUUAGCAUCUGCUACACAUAACUCAAUGGAUUUGACACUUUAAAGAUGUCACUUCAGAAGAAGAAUUUGUGGUCUAUAAAGCCCAUUAACAUUUGCUAUAAAUGUAAAACUUCUAUAUGCAUGAAAAAUACAUCAAUUAUGUUAAACAUUUUUAGAUUUGAUGUAUGAUUAUUUUGUAUAGGCCUAUGUUUAGUGUCAUUAUUGUAAGCCUUGUAAAAACAAACUUUAAAUCUUAACGUUGAAACUAAACAUGGCCCAGUUGUCCUUGAAGUGUUCAGGGGAAAAGGAAGUCUGAACACAUAUAACUCAAUUAUAACUGGGGAAACUCCAUUUACUGAUGAAGAUGAUGUGAACAUAACACAAUCAAAUGUAUGCCUGGGUGUAAAUGGCACUGUCAGUGUAUCUGUCAUGCCAUACACACCCAGGUGCAAAUAGCAUUGUUCACUAUAGUCCCCCUGUUGCCAAUAGCAUCUACCUAUGAUUUAUUACUCGAAAAAUAUUUACUUAUAAAUGGACCUAUUAUUAAAUAAUCUGUCAUACUAGUUUUCAAUCUUAAUGGCAAGUGAAUCAUAAAUUCGAGUAAAAUAUGUCAACCAUGUAAGAACUUAAAAGGUCUCCCUUGUUUGUGAUCUACAUGCACUUUUAACAAGUUUCCACUUUUCCAAGAGCACUUGAAGGCGACAUGAAGUUGCAUGUGCAGCACUAAGCUCCCAGCUCAUUUCGUUCUAAUAACAGUGACAUCUUGAGGUUGUUGUAAUCCUCCGUACCUCCUCCGUCCCUCCCUCCCUCUCUGUUUGUCUCCCACUCUCUCUCUCUCCCUCUCCCUGUAAAGCAGAAAUGCAGCAGAGCCUGAUCUGACUUGUCCUUGCUGCUGGAAGUGAUUUCUUGCCUCUCGGAAACUGAUUUUAGUGCAACGCUCACGCUGUGAUAUGGCUGUUUCUGUUUCUCUCCAGAGUCUGGGGCUCAUCCUGCUCGCAGCAAUCCUCCUGCAGACCAUUGCGGUUUCGGUCAGUUUUGUCUACUUUAACAAAGUCCUGAGCACGAUGCAAGAGAGUUUCUCCCGCAGUAGCGUUUCCUGUCUGAUUAACGCAAAUCUGCACUCAGAGGCCGAAGAUUCAGGGGAGGACAAGAAGAGCGACCCCUGCUGGCAAGUGUUGAAACAGCUCCACUACCGCAUAGAGAAGACGAUGGCUGACAGAUUCCAGAAGGAGAUAUCUACAGCCAUGACAAAUAAGCUAACAGGAGUGUUGCCAUUCCUGAGCCCAGGGGUCCCUCUCCCUAAAGUUGCUGCCCAUGUGACCGGUGUCCUCUCAUCCACAGAGCCUUCAAAUGCAGAUGGCCCACGGAGCAGCAGAGGGUACCUGGGAGAGCGCAUCAGAGCGUGGGAGGGACAGAGGGGUUUGUCCUUCCUGCAGAACAUGGAGCUGAAGGGGGGAGAGCUGCUGGUUCCCCGAGCAGGCCUCUACUACAUCUACGGCCAGACGUACUUCAGACUGCCCUCCACAGCUGAGACAGAGGGGGAGGCAAAGGAAGAAGGAGCACAGCUUAUCCAGUAUAUCUACAAGAAGAUGAGUUCCUACACGGUGCCAAUCCUGCUGAUGAAGUCGUCCCGGAGUGUCUGCUGGCCUCGAGGCCCAGAGCCUGGUCUCUUCUCUCUGCAUCAGGCUGGUACCGCCUUCCUACAGCCCGCAGACCGCCUCUUCAUCACGGUUAGCAACGCCAGCACCAUGGAGAUGGACGGGAGGGCAAGCUACUUUGGGGCCUUCCUUGUGGGAUAAUGGGAGAAAACCUUCCGGAUUGAAGUGUCCGGGACUGGGUUGACUUGAUAUCGAUAUCAUCAGAAGGAGCCCCAGAGAUCAGGGGUGUGCUUUAUAAUACGAGCAGCUGCCGAGGGUUCAGGAAGGACUCUGAGGAGUGCAAAGGAUGUCUUCAGGACCAAGGAGCUAUAAGGAUAUGAUCAGACGGAGCUCCAGUUGCCAAACAUGGCAAAGAAGAGCCAUUGCUGUGUUUUAACUGCAGAGAGGGUUAAACCUGAGCUGGUAAAUAAUUCUGUGUUCCAGGAUGUACCAUCUGACAGACCAUCUGGAUUAUGCAGUGCUUUCAGAGUACAGGGAACUGGGAGGACAAUAGAUGCAGAGUCAUAGUUAGACUCCAAUGUGAGCAUUACUUUUGAGGACAGAGAAAACUCAUUUGCCUGCAGGUAAAGUGCUCAUCCUCACGUAAGAAUUGACGGUUAAGCUUCAAACAUGCCAAAGAAGACUCAAGAUGUUCUGUAUUAUGAGUGACUAGUCCUUUUUGUUUACAGUUCUUUUGGUUUAACUUCGUCUUUGUAAAUAUUCUUGUUAUAAAUGUGACGCAGAUCAUGAUGUCCUGUAGCCUUAAAGAGACGCACUGAUCUAAUAGGAAUAGACUGAUUAUUCAAGUAUUUUCUGACACAUUGACACUUUAUAUCCAAGGGAUACCAAUACAUUUCUAAAUGCUGGAUACAUGGUUGCUGUAAACAAUUAAAGCUCCUUUUUUCCAAGUCUUUUUGACUAAUUUGAA